UAAACCGCGCCCCAUUUUUCCGCACCGUGUUUGAAACGAUGAAUGGGAGUAAGGCUGUGGAGAAAACUGGGGAAAUAGUCUUUAGUUUCAAGUGUUCACGCAAGACAAGCAGUCGGCAGUUAAACCAAGCUCUUGAAUACUUCACACAGACUCACAUAAGAUGUCAGGGAGGGGUUGUUGAGUGUUAUGUGACUGUGUAAGCAGCACAGUUGGUGGUUUUGUCCCCCAGGGAAGUAGGUGAAAGGGCCCCAGGGCUAGAGAACAGCAGCUGAUCAUGCUCACUUCACAUGCUCCUGCCUACAGUAUAUUCUGUCUAUGUUGAUGAAUGUCAAACUCAUUGCAACAUGAAAGUUGAGGAGCUCUGCUCAGAUAUUCAGGGUGCUUUCCAGCCUGCUCCUAUGGGUGCAGUUGACAUGGAGGCUGUCGAGGCUCUGAUGUCCAUGACCGAACACUGGAAGACCUUGAAUCUAAAAUUCAGGCACCCCAGACCCUUGACUCCAUCCUCAGAUUGCUCAGAGGAUGACUCUGCCCCCCUUGGGUCUGCUGUGCCACAGGAAUCUCCUUUGUGUAUGACACCGCCAUACAGUCCACCACACUUUGAGGCCACCCAUGCACCCUCAACAGCACCCUUACAUCGACUUGCAGCAGCCGAAAGUUCAAGCUGGCAGCCAACAGAAGAGAGUUAUACACACGCUGCUGCUUCUCAGCAGCUGUUCCGAAGUACCAGUGUGAUCCGCCACACCUCAGAUGGCCAGCACUGCUCCUGCAACACAGAAGACGGAUUGACUCAAGUUCGUAUUAAAGAGCCUGAAAAAGAUUUGAGCUCUGAAGAUGGGCUGAAAGGUAGAGAUUCUGAGGGUAAUAUUCUAAUACAGUCUGACUCCAAUGUAACUACCCCACAGAAACCUUUCACAGCCACCCAGAUGAGUCUCUCAGGCCCUGAUAAUAAAUCAAAAACCCCCCAGACUGUCUUCUCUGUCCUAGCCAGUGGCCCAGGAGUCUCUGCUGUACCUGUCUACUGCCAGAUUCUUCCUGUCUCUUCUCCUUCUGCCAGUGUCAUGCAAAAUCCUGUCAUGCCCUCUGAGAAUCAGAAUCAAAGCCUACAACCCAUCUCAUCAGCACUCACCACUGUGCAAACACCGCUGCAACAACAGGCAUUACCACAAACCCAAGCACCUUCUCCCAGUCAGGUCUUCCUGUUUGGGGGGCAGGUGGCAAAAGGCCCUGUGAUGUUCCUUGUCCCUCAGCCAGCUGUCUCCACACUCUGUGUCCAGCCAGCACUGGUGACCCCAGGUGGCACCAAGCUACCAGCCAUCGCCCCCGCACCUGGCCGUGCAUUGUUGGAGCAAAGACAAAGUCCACUCCGACCAGAAGUGUCCCGUAUGCGCAGCCAUGUUUGUCCCCACGAUGACUGCAACAAAACCUAUUUCAAGAGCUCCCACCUCAAGGCCCACAUGAGGACACAUACAGGUGAGAAACCCUUCAAAUGCAAGUGGGAGGGCUGCGAGAGGCGAUUUGCUCGCUCUGAUGAGCUCUCUCGCCACAGACGUACCCACACGGGAGAGAAAAAGUUUGCCUGUCCCAUGUGCCUCAGUCGCUUCAUGCGCAGCGACCACCUGGCCAAGCACGUCAGGAGACACCUAGCAGUGAAGAAGGCGUCCUGCUGGAUGUUAGGGGUCACUCAGUCUUCAAAAAACUCUCUGUGAGGCUGAAGUUGUGUGGCUCAGUCCCAAACAAUGCACAGACAAGAGUACAAGAGUGUGUACCUGGGUUUUACGUGUCACCAGUCAGCUCGUAACAGUUGCACAACACUGAACUGAAAACUAACUAAUGUAAAGUCUUUGCUGCUUCACUGUUCUUUUGUAAUUAUAGUUGAAUUUUAACAAGGUUCUGAGACUGUUUACAUUGGAAGUCAAACUACUGUAUUGCCUUAUAAUGAGCAAAUACACUGCAAAUGUCUGCAGGCAGUAUUAUUCAAGCAAUUUCCACUUUUACAAAUGAAUACUAUGUGUAUGUUUACUUUUUAGUGAUAUUUGACCAAAGAAUGUUAAACUUUGUGCUUUUGUGCCAUAUGAGAAUCUGUUUAUUAGACAAUUUUGCACACAAGAUUUCUCUAUUAAACUUGAACAUAUGUAUUUUCUCA